AUGAAUCCCGAGAGGAAAAGUAUCCAUAAUUACAAGUUUGUGGAACCUCCAUUGGUUGUGUUGAGAGGACUUGAGGCACGUUUAGACCUGACUCCUAAAGACGCCUUCAAGGAAACGUAUGGUAACUUGCUGGGAAUUUUGAACACCGAGGUCAACAUCACCGCUGUCCACACCUUGGUGCAGUUCUACGGUCCACCACUAAGGUGCUUUACUUUCCAAGACUAUCAGCUAGCGCCAACAUUGGAAGAGUAUUCUCAUAUUUUGGGAAAUAAGGAGAUAGAAUUGAACCUGAAACCAAAGGGUGGAAUCCAUGGCUUCACCUCUAAGUUUCUCGUAGACAAAGUUAUCACUUUCACUGAAGCUGGAAGUUGGACGACCUUCAAUGCCCAUCUAGCUUUACUCAUCUAUGGGAUUGUGCUGUUUCCGAACAUGGAGGAGUUCGUGGACUUGGUUGUUAUUCACAUCUUCUUGACUCAAAACCCGAUUCCCACUCUCCUUGCUGAUACUUACUAUUCCAUUCACGUAAGGACCCAGAAGAAGAAAGGGACUAUCGUCUGUUGCACCCCUUUACUGUAUAGAUGGUUUAUUUCGCAUCUACCCAGUGAAGGUCCCUUCAUUGAGAACAAAGAUAAUCUGAAGUGGUCCAAGAGGAUCAUGACCUUAAAAGCCGAAGACAUUCCUUGGUAUUCUCGAGUGUACGAUGGUGUCAAGGUUAUUCUAAAUUGUGGGGACUUUCCUAAUGUGCCUCUUCUUGGCACAAAAGGAGGAAUCAACUACAACACGAGGUUAGCAUUACGGUAA